CAGGGAAAAAAGCUAGCAUUGGUCUUGGGAAGCAUUGCCUGGCCUUGGGAUUAUAGUCAGCUCCACUAUUUCUCCACACUCCUUAUGUUCAGUCCCGCCACCUAGGUUACUCCAUACCUCGUGUCACUAUUGUUCUCUCCCCGCAUUUGUUCAACCAUGGCUGGCGUGACUCGAGGCGCUCUCUCGUUAGCCAUCCCUUUACUCCUACUUUUGGUCGUCACGUCCGCGCAGCAGCUCUGUCCGUUCACGGGCAAGCCCCCGACGAAGCCCACAAAGCCGCUGUACCGAUGCGUGGCGGAGAGCGAGCUCGCGUGCUGCUCGGCGUGCGACGACUGGGUCACCGCGGCGACGGUGAUCGGACAGAACGGCUCGAGGAUCCUGGGAACGCUCUUCCCUCCGGACAUCACUUUUGAAGCGCUGGACAAGUUCAAGGCCACGCCGUUUUGCGGGUUUCUCGCGGGAGGCAGCAGCACUUGUCUGCAGCUGAUCGAGGGUCUCUACUGCGCCAUAAUGUGCGACCCUGACGGGAGCAGGUACCUCUCCAUCGACCUCGCUCCCUCGAAAAAGCUCGCCGACAGCAACGGAACGAUCCGCAUCUGCAACGACUUCUCCAACCGCGUGUACGAGGCGUGUCAGAGCCUGAGCUUCCCUGGUGUCGCGCUGACGAUCGCAAGCCUGAUCAAGAAUCCCUCGAAAUUCCUCUCAAUGGUCGUCACGCCGCUUGCCGGAACGGCAACCCCCCUCGCAAACCUCAACACCGAGCUAGUUCCUGCUGAAAGCGGCACCGACACUUGCUUCUCGACCACCCCAGGAGAUGUGUACGCUCAAACACCCCUUUGCUGCGAUAGGCUAACGGGGUUCCCGGUGGAGUGUCCCAAGGACCCUCAGUACGCGGAUGUGAAAGACGUCCUUUCGUUUGUGGUGAAUCGGACGGUGCCUGCAACUUGCACCUCUACUUCUAACAGCCCUGUUUCUACACCCGGUGGGUCUCCUCCCACCGUUUCUCCACCCACUGCAUCUCCACCCACGGCGUCUCCACCCACGGCGUCUCCACCCACGGCAUCUCCACCCACCGGGACUCCAUCCACCGGGACUCCAUCCACCGGGACUCCACCCACCGGGACUCCACCCACCGGGACUACACCCACCGGGUCUACACCCACCGGGUCUACACCCAAUGGGUCUACAUCAAACAGUGGCUCAUACAGCAAGGGUGCAACGUCGGGUGGGGUGCUUAGGGGUGGGGUGUGGUGGGUAUGGUGCCAGGUUGUGCUUGCUGCACUGGUGCUGCCUGUAGUUUUGUUGCAUUGAGUCAGCUGGAUUUGGCUUGACUAGGAGGCUGACAGCUAUUUUGUAGCUGGGUUGAAGGAUAUCGUAUUUGGAACAAACAAGGGUUUUUUUGUAUUCACUUGAUUAUUAAAGAGAGUGUUCUUAC